UGCAAAGAUCUCGAACAAAUCGGUGAAGGUGGAUUUGGAAUUGUGUAUUCGGCUACUUUCCAGGGUGUGAAAUAUGCGUUAAAGAGUUUAAGAAAAAUUUUACGUCUUCAAGGAGAAGAUAUUAAAGACUUUAGGCGUGAGACACCGUCAGGUUAUUCUGACAUUUAUAAAAAAUGCUGGUUAACUAAGCCAGACGAGCGUCCUACUAUGGAUGAAAUUUUAGGAACGCUUAACAAGCUGUCUGAAACAACUACUGACUUCAAUAUUGAAAAUAAAAUAGACAAGCUAUCAAAUUUAUCAGUUAAAUUAUCUAAGAUUUAUAUCGAUUCAGCAAAUAAUGGAACUGAAUCUUUACAAAUUUCGAAAUUAAUAGAAGAAACUAUUGUUAAACAUCAAGAAACAUCAGAACGUAUGUUUGAAUAUCUAAAUGAAAAUCAGGAUAGUGACAAUUCAUGUAUUCUUGGGCUCUUUUAUCAUGAGGGAAUUGGAACUAGAGAGGAUCGUGAAGCUGCUUUCAAUAUGCUCGAAAAAACAGCAAAUGAAAUUUCUUUCAAUAUGCUCGAAAAGCCAGCAAAUGAAAUUCCAAUAGCUAAAUUUUAUCUUGGAGAAUGUUUUAGGUGUGGCUAUGGAACUAAAAAAAAUCUAAAAAGUGCUGUAUCAUGGUACGAAAAAGCAGCAAAUGAUGGACAUGCAAGAUCUAUGAAUGCUUUAGGACUCUGUCAUAUAAAAGGAAUAGGUGUUAAAAUUAACAAAAACAAAGCAAUUGAUUGUUUUAACAAAGCAUAUGAGAUGAAUUAUAUUCCUUCAUGCAAUAAUUUGGAAAUUGUUAUAAGUUCGGGAGAGGAACAAAAGCAAAUAAAGAAAAGGCAUUCGAACUUUAUCUUGAAGCUGCAACCGAAAACUUUCCCCCUAGUCAAUACUGUGUUGCAGAAUGUUACAAAAAAGGAAUUGAAGCUAAAAGGUGGUAUAAAAAGGCUACUGAUAAUGGGUAUUGUUAUACCUAAAAAUGUUAUUUGA